CACGUGUAAAAGGUUUAAAUUUAUAUCAAUUUUGUUAAUAUUUAAGAAACACGCAGUAUGUCUAUGAAACAAUUUGGUCAGAGAUUGUAUUAUAUACCAAAAAUAACGCGAUGGUCAAAAGGUAUUGGUGCUGAAUUGCCAGAAGAAUAUAAAAAAUUUUGGAGAGAAUGGAAAUUACAAGUACCAACAGCUGUGCACUACAUAAAACAAGAAGGCUCGUAUGUUAGAGAUGAAGAAACAGGAGUCGUGCGUCCAGUUCAGAAUGUACCACUCCCAUUGUUGUAUCCCAAGGAAAUAAAUGGUGGUAUAUGGGGUGGUGAAACAGUGGUACAAGGUUUUCGAAAGAAAGGUAAAUACUAUCGUAGAAGCCCACAUUUCUGGUUUCCUGGGCUUAAGAAGUCCGUAUUGUACAGUGAAGUUCUGGAUACAUAUAUGAGGGUUGUGGUCACCAAUAGGACUAUUAAUUUAAUUCAUGAACACUAUGGAUUUGAUCAUUAUUUAUUAAAGACUCCAGCCUGUGACUUAAGAUCUGAGCUUGCACUUAAGAUAAAACGUCGGAUACUUUUAGCGUUACUUGAUAAAACUUUAUAUCCAAAUGAUCCUGCUAAAGGAGAAGAAAUUUUUGCCAAAUACAAGGAGUAUUUAACAGCGUAUACGCGAGAGGAAAUUGAAUGGUAUGGUUUAACAUAUAAAGAAGCAUGCAUCAAGUGGAUAAAUCUGAAAAAUCCGGAAAAAGAGUUGCAACCCUUGAAAAUACAAUAUAGGUCUGAAUUAAUUGAUAGACUAGAACAGAAUAAAAUUGCAGACGCUGCAGCAACUUCAUCAUCAGAGGAGUCUUCGUCCUGGAUGUCAAAAUUGAAUCCAUUUGGCAAGAGUUACAAAACAAAAUAAAAGAUAAAUAUUGUGGUUCUGU